AUGUCCUCUUUUACUUGCAUCCUCAUAUCUACAAUCUGGUUUAAGAUUUUGGUAGCAGUUGAUCAAAGAAACCAGAUCAUACAAGCAAGGCAAGCCGCCACUGAUGUAGAGGUCUCCAAUCUGAAAUCACUUGUGAACGACCUUAAAGAUCUGCGCAGUAAAUGGGACCAGAUUUUAAACGAGGCGAAGUUGGUUGCAGAAGGAAUGCAAAUUGAUUGUUUUCUCCCAGCUAAACGCAAGAAGAAAAGGAGACCAUUUUUUGACGAGACACAAGAUGAGGUUUUUCCAGAAGGCGGUGUAGCUGAGGAAGAGGCUGCAUUUAAACAUGACGUUUUCUAUGUCAUUCUUGAUUCCGUUAUUGCUGGCCUCUCAACACGGUAUGAUGCAGCACACAAAAUAGAUGAUUUAUUUGGCUUUCUUUGGAGAUAUCUCGCCUUAACAGAGCAGCAAAUUUCCACAGCCUGUGUUACCCUGACAAAGCAAUACAAGAAUGAUAUCUCGCAAGAUGAGUUGAUAGAAGAAAUGGUACAUCUCAAAGCGAUCCAUGCCGCAAACUUUGGAGACGAAUCAUUAACCCCAUUCAGCCUCUUGAAAAAAAUCAGCAAGUUCAAGCUUGCUGAGAUAUUCGCAAAUUUGUGCAUUGCCCUGAGGAUAUUUUGCACGUCACCAGUUACCGUUGCUUCAGCAAACUCAAUCUCAUCAAAAACUUCUUACGGAGCACAAUGA